AGCGCAGGCAGAGACGUGAUGAUCAGUGACUUGUUCGGCGAUCCAUCCAUGCAAGUCAUAAUGAAGGGGGACCCAGCACGUGACACCGAGAGAACCGCGGAUGUUUAGGCGAAGUUUCGCCGGUCCGAAAUGGCGACAAGCAAAAAGAUUUCCUGCAGCUUCUGUCGCUCGAAGACGACGAACAGCACACUCCGCCAUCGCCAACAUUGCGGCCAUCAGCCAGUUUGAUCUUGUUGCUUCGCUGACAGGAAUCAAUGGCGCAUCGAAUUAUCGCCCAGAUCGUCCUAACCGGCGGGCGUGUCUUUGGCAGGGCCUUUGCAGAGGCAUACAAGCAAGCACAAGCAUCGACACAAUAUGCAAGGGCUGCUGCGAAAAGUGACCCGGGUGCCGUCAAUACCGCCGCCGCUUCCGGAAUGACCCUUGACGAAGCCUGCAAGAUUCUCAACGUGAAGCCUCCCCAAGGUGGCGCCACCAACAUGGAACAGGUCAUGGAGAGGUUCAAGAAGUUGUACGAUCUCAACGAGCCGAAGAAAGGUGGUGGUGGAUCCUUCUACCUCCAGAGCAAGAUUCUUCGUGCAAGAGAACGGAUAGAGAUGGAGGCCCGCGCCGCCGAGCACAAGGCCAAGUUGGAAAAAGAAAUCAAAGAAGGUUGGAGACCCAAGAUAUACAAAGAUUGAUCUCCCUUGUGGCUGACCGUCUCCAAAGGACGGUAACGAGACUGGAUGGCCAACUCGGCCCACACCACUUCGUUUCCUCGAAUCCUCUUUUCGACAAUUGUUUCUCGAGCAUAGCGGACGGCGUUGGAUGGGGAUCUACUGUAAAAAUCGAUUGUACUAUACCAUGGGCGAGGGUCUACGCUAGAAUCUUUCAGCAAAGAGAAUGGGAUUUUCACGUCUUGGAUGGAUGCUCCUUCUACUUUCGAGGGAAGGGUGGCUAUAUGCAGGAAGAGAUAGCAGACAGGCCGACGCGGUGUCUCUGGUAUCAGAUCUGCCAUAUUCGCAGCCUUGGGGGUUGGGGGACCGACGCCGCUCCAUCCCAAUGAGCGACUCUCCACUCAAGGAAGGAAAUUGGGACCAUGUUGAAUCGGCCAUAUAUUGGCCCGGGGUGAAGUCGAUGCAGACAUGUAGAGAACGAGAGCGAACGAAAGAGAUCCAGGAGAGGGUUGGGGAAACUCGAUACUCCCUCCUGGCGCUCAAGCAGGUUCCAGAAAUGAUAACACAUUCAAAGUCACAUUUGGCUAGUGGCUAUUACAUACGGUGAUGUGUUGGCAGCCAAAAAAGGAGCACGGAUCAGUCAAGCCGACCAGUUUCGAUGCUUGCGUAAGGAGGAAGGGCAGGGAAGACCAGGAUCACCACGAUCACCGGGUUAGAAGUGGG